AUGACAGACCUGGCGCUGCACGUCAUCAGACCCAGAGCUCUGUUGUCGUUGGGCUUCAGGAAGUUGUGCUGCUCUGCAAACCUACAGCAACACAGGGUCAGUCAAUACACCCCCCAGCUCCUCUCUGGAGCUACAGAUACACCCCCCAGCUCCUCUCUGGAGCUACAGAUACACCCCCCAGCUCCUCUCUGGAGCUACAGAUACACCCCCCAGCUCUUCUCUGGAGCUACAGAUACACCCCCCAGCUCCUCUCUGGAGUUACAGAUACACCCCCAAGCUCCUCUUUGGAGCUACAGAUACAUCCCCAGCUCCUCUCUGGAGCUACAGAUACACCCCCCAGCUCCUCUCUGGAGCUACAGAUACACCCCCCAGCUCCUCUCUGGAGUUACAGAUACACCCCCCAGCUCCUCUCUGGAGCUACAGAUACACCCCCAGCUCCUCUCUGGAGCUACAGAUACACCCCCCAGCUCCUCUCUGGAGCUACAGAUACACCCCCCAGCUCCUCUCUGGAUCUACAGAUACACCCCCCAGCUCCUCUUUGGAGCUACAGAUACAUCCCCAGCUCCUCUCUGGAGUUACAGAUACACCCCCCAGCUCCUCUCUGGAUCUACAGAUACACCCCCCCAGCUCCUCUCUGGAUCUACAGAUACACCCCCCCAGCUCCUCUCUGGAUCUACAGAUACACCCCCCCAGCUCCUCUCUGGAUCUACAGAUACACCCCCCAGCUCCUCUCUGGAUCUACAGAUACACCCCCCAGCUCCUCUCUGGAUCUACAGAUACACCCCCCCAGCUCCUCUCUGGAUCUACAGAUACACCCCCCAGCUCCUCUCUGGAUCUACAGAUACACCCCCCAGCUCCUCUCUGGAUCUACAGAUACACCCCCCCAGCUCCUCUCUGGAUCUACAGAUACACCCCCCAGCUCCUCUCUGGAUCUACAGAUACACCCCCCAGCUCCUCUCUGGAACUACAGAUACACCCCCCAGCUCCUCUCUGGAGCUACAGAUACACCCCCAGCUCCUCUCUGGAUCUACAGAUACACCCCCAGCUCCUCUCUGGAGCUACAGAUACACCCCCAGCUACUUCCUUGUGUAA